AUGGAAGCGAAUCAUCCAAGUCGGCAAAAACUUCCCCUGGGUGCAGGUUUCCAGAUAGAUUGCAUCAGCGACAAAUGCAAAAAGGUGGAUCCCACGGUCUAUCAAUCUGUGGUGGGAGAGCUUUUGUGGCUAGCUUUGACAACAAGACCGGACAUACUGCAUACUGCAUACACUAAACGGAACCAAAAUCCGCAUGCUGAGCACAUGGCUGGCAUAAAGCACAUCCUAAGGUAUCUCUCGUCCACGGUUGACAUGAAAUUACAUUAUCAGCAAUGUGGUCAAUCGUUCUGUGGGCUUGACAGGAAGUCUACCACUGGCUACAUCUACUUGUGUGCCGGUGGUCCAAUUUCUUGGCGCAUAGAAAAGCAGCGAAGCGUGGCGUUAAGUAGUACCGAGGUGGAGUACAUGGCACUUUCGGCGGCUUUUAAGGAGGCUAUAAUUUUGGAAAUUGGCUGCAGAGACGACAACACCCCGAUCGUCGUGUAUGGCGAUAAUCUGAGCGUGCAAGCGUUAACCAAUAAUCCUUUUAACCAUUCCAGAACGAAGCAUAUUGAUAUACGUUAUCAUUUUGUUAGAGAUGUCGUAAAGGAAUGA